AUGGCUCAGGUAGCUCUAGAUGGUAAAUUGUCUUGUCCGAGUCCUUCUGGCAUUCCGAGUCCUUCCUUCCGACAGGAAAAGUUUUUCCUUCCAACAGGAAAAAAAUUUCCUUCCAACAGGAAAAGUUUUUCCUUCCAACAGGAAAAAAUUUUCCUUCCAACAGGAAAAAAUUUUCCUUCCAACAGGAAAAAAUUUUCCUUCCGACAGGAAAAAUUUUUCCAGUUGUCCGUCCGUAAACCAUUCAAAUUUUCGAAAAUUGAGAACUUUUUGGCCGACCUUCAGGAAAAAUUUUUCUUUCCGACAGGAAAAAUUUUUCUUUCCGACAGGAAAAAUUUUUCUUUCCGACAGGAAAAGUUUUUCUUUCCGACAGGAAAAGUUUUUCUUUCCGACAGGAAAAGUUUUUCUUUCCGACAGGAAAAGUUCUUCCUUCCGACAGGAAAAGUUCUUCCUUCCGACAGGAAAAGUUCUUCCUUCCGACAGGACACAAACGAAUGCCCGACGUACCACCAACCGAGUCCAUUCCAAAGCCAGAAGAACCGACAGCCCCAGCACCACAACAGACUAAGACUCAAACACUUACAUUUUUACGCUUGA